CCGGUGACAUAACUCUCCAGCCUGGGAUGGUCAGGGCGCACAGAGCGCGCGAAGGGGAGGGGGGGCAGAGAACCGGGGGGAGAGACCGGGGCGCACAGCCGGUCCAGCUGCACUCUCUCCUCUCUGCUGCCUCGGGGGGAAUUAAAUUAUUUCAAAACAACCACACAAGACGAGGAGGUACACUCUGGAACAAUAAGAUGAAGACUGAGUUCUUGGAGCUGCUGUAAAGAGCUAAGGAGGCGAUAUGGCGCUGCAUGUUUUUAAAUGUCUGCGCCGACCCGGGCGAUAAACCAACAACAACAACAACAACAACAACAACAACAAGAAGAAAAACAACAACAGAGUGUGUGCGAAAGAGAGGUGUGUGUGUGUGUGUGAGUGUGUGAGUGUGUGUAGGUCCAGCCAGUGUUUUGACGGGGGAGUUAUGGAAUAUGAGGAGUUCGACGUGCUUCAAACUGACAUGCCCAUCAAAACAGGAGGAGUCGUGUCCAAGAGGACUCAUUUGACCCAGAUUGAAGUUAUCCCAUGCAAGAUCUGUGGUGAUAAGUCCAGUGGAGUACACUAUGGAGUCAUCACUUGUGAGGGCUGCAAGGGAUUUUUCCGGCGUAGUCAGCUUCCUACUGUAUCUUACUCCUGUUCAAGGCAGAGCAACUGUCAGAUUGACCGGACCAGCCGCAACCGCUGCCAACACUGCCGCCUGCAGAAGUGCUUGGCACAGGGCAUGAGCAGAGAUGCGGUGAAGUUUGGACGGAUGUCUAAGCGUCAGAGGGACUCUCUGAUUGCUGAAGUGGAGAGGCACAGACAGCAGCAGCAACAGCAACAGCAGCAGCUUCAGGGAGACACCCAGUCCAUCCUGUCCUACCCCACCAAGACCCGCCAAGAUCGCUCCUCGCAGCUCCUCCAGCCAAUGGCCUAUCCCUUCGGCGGGGAGGCAGAGCUGCUUUCCUAUACAAGUGAUCACCCUUUCCUGGUGUGCUCUCCGAAUGAGGCACAGGUGACAGCAAUGAUGUACCGAGGCUCCUCUGUCUCUCCGUCAUCAAGAGUCCAGGGGAGGGGGGACAACAGCGGCCACCCUGACAUAAGAGGUUUCAACUCCAGACAGCCAUCUAAUGAUCUGAUGGCCAUUCAUCCCUGCAGCCCUCUGGAGGACCCUUACGGCCUCUUUCCUCCCUCUCCGAGAAACAUAGAUGAGCUGUGUGCCAGCAUCGUGCGUUCCCACAGAGAGACCAGCCAGUACAGAGUGGAGGAGCUGCAUGCCCUCAAAUGGAAGCUGCUCAGCAGAGAGGAGAUCCAAGUCUACCAGAACAAAUCAGUGGAUGAGAUGUGGCAGUACUGUGCUAUUAGACUAACGGAUGCCGUGCAGUUCGUAGUGGAGUUCGCGAAACACAUCCCAGGCUUCCGCAUGCUGAGCCAGAAUGAUCAGAUCGCUCUCCUGAAGACUGGUUCCAUGGAGGUGGUCCUGGUCCGGAUGAGUCGCUUCUUUAACACGGAGAACAACACUGUCUUCUUUGAUGGGAAAUUUGCUGGCGUUGAAGUCUUCAAAUCUUUGGCUUGUGGUGAUUUAAUCACAGCAGUGUUCGACUUCGCUCAUGGCAUGUGUGCUCUGAAGCUCACUGAGCAUCAGAUUGCUCUCUUCAGUGCUCUGGUGCUGAUCAACGCAGAUCGUCCAUGUCUGGAGGACAGAAGCAGGGUUCAGCGAGUGCAAAGAAGCGUGGAAUUAGGAAUCGCACAAAUCCUUCACCGUGACAACCAAGCAAAUCUAAUGCACAAGCUGUCCCAGAAGAUGGCGGUGUUGCGUUCACUGUGCAGUCUGCACAUGGAGAAGCUGCGCUGGUUCAGUCUGCGUUACCCGCUCACUGCUCACUCUCUGUUUCCGCCUCUCUACAAGGAGCUGUUCGCCUCUGAGCCUGAGCUUCUGCAAGGGACCAAUCACUGAGGAUUCACUUUGAUCCACACACAAACCCACACAAACCCACACGAACCCACACAAACACACACAAACACACACAAACACAUUGUUUUAAGUGUUAUCUUUUCUUCCUUACAGAAUCUAUUUUUUUAACAAUGAACAUAAAUGAGAUAGGCACAGUACUUAUACUGUUGUGAGUAUUACAUGUCUUCCAGGAGAGCUUUUUCAUAGACUGUGGGGAACAUUGAUUUCAAUACUUUUAUAGCUGAAGGUUGUUUUGAUUCCAGGGAAACAUGUUUUGUUGUUCCUUGAUGGUACAUUGUUAGUGGGAUUCAUUUUUGCUCAGGAUUUUGAUGAUUUUCCUUUCCUUUGAAUUUGAAAUACAACUAUUCAACAUUGUAAGAGUAAUAUGCACUGACUCUCUUGAGUUAAAAGGUGGCUUUGUAAAGUUUUUAGUUGUCCCUUGAGUAAUGCACAUCACCUUAGAUGGGCAAAAAUUACAACAUUGAACUAUUAAUCACAACCGGCCUGCCGAUUCAGCAAUUCUACUCAAGAUGUUGACCCCAUUUCAUAAUAUCAUCAAAAUUACACAAUCCACUUCUCUUCUGGGACUUUGUUGCACAACAUUUCCUCAAAGCUCAGACAUACAUGAAGAGUGUCCUUAAAGCAAGUAAACAAUAAGACCUUCUCAGUGUUUCCACUUCUAUUUCAGCAGGAAAUUACUGUUUCACAAUGAUUCUCUGUUUUUUUUUUUCACAUAAAGGAUCCCUCAAGUGGGAGUAAUUCAUCUACAAGCCCCUAAUUAAGAACUGCAGAAAGGAAACAUGCAUGACAAAAACAAACAUUCUGUUAUUGUGGUAAAUUAAAUUGCAAGGGACCCCCUGAAACCUCAGGAUGUCCCCACUGAGGAAUCUAUGCUUCAACACGUGUUUGUGGGUGAAAUCGUUGUCAAAAUAGAGAAUCUGAUGAGACUUUGUCCACUUAUCUCUGAUGAGUCACAACCAGUUGCUCAAAAACAGCCACAACACACGCAGUCUGCUUAACUUUUGUACUGCAUUACUCUCUUUCAGUAAGUUGAUGUUUGAAAGGUCAUACAUGGGACAGAUUCUUCAAAUGCCAGUAAACUAUAUCUCGCUCCUCCUCGCUGUAGUAACCUCAGAAACCACUUGUCCAUACAGAGGUGAUUGCAGAUUGCAUUUUCAGUUUGUCUGUAGAGAAAUGUUUCUCCUCAGGUGGAUGUUGUUACAGACCAGCUGAAAAGUUCAUCAAAGCUUCUUUAAAUGUAUUCCUUUGUGUUUGAAUUAACUCUUACGGGCUUUUAUAUCUUUUGAGCUUUUGAAAAGAUGUUGCAUUAAAUGUAGAAAAAAUAAGGAGAUACAGUAGAAGUGUCUUUCUCUGUGAGCUUACUUUUCCUUCUUUCCCAGAUUACUUGCAUACAUAUUUUAUUGAUGACAUGACUUGGAGUAAAAGCAAUGAGUGAAGAGGCAAUGUUGAGAGGUUUCAGCAUUAAGCACUGUAUGCCUGGAUGUAGUCAUCUCUGGUUAUUGUAAAAUAAUUCCAUACAAACCUUUUAAUAAACUGUUGAGGCUGUAACACAGA